CUCCCAUUAGAAGAUAAAUACAGUUAAAACUCUCCACUUAAAUAAACCCUACUCUCUCCAAAUCCUUUUCUAUGUUUUUAUAUAUAAGCCCAUGGACUUAACUGAUAACAUCAACACCACCAACACCAUCACAAACCCACAUACAGAAACUCAGUCCCCACCAUCCAAGUCUUUGUCUUUCACCAACGCCUCAUUUCUUCAACCUCAAAUGGUGGUUUCCUACAAAGAAUGUCUCAAAAAACAUGCUGCAAGUCUAGGGGGUCAUGCUCUUGAUGGCUGUGGAGAGUUCAUGCCAUCUCCCACAGCCAACUCCACCGAUCCCUCCUCCCUCAAAUGCGCUGCCUGCGGCUGCCAUCGGAACUUCCACCGCCGUGACCCGUAUGAUCCCACCUUCCCCCACUCGUUGCUUCCACCACCGCUGCCUCCAGCAUCAGGCGUUGCGCUCCCGAGGAGCUUAAGUCCGAGCACAGACCCGAGCACGGCGCCGAGUCCGGACACAAACUCACCUCAACAACAGGUGACAUCACCGGCUCCGUGUUCUUACUACUCAUCAGCACCUCACAUGCUGUUGGCUCUGAGCACGGCGUAUUCUGGGCCGUCCGAUGAUCACUACCCUCACCACCAGGGGUUCAAUCUAAAGAUGGAGAACGUUAACCCAAGUGGAAGAAAGAGAUCAAGAACCAAGUUUUCUAAAGAGCAGAAGGAAAAGAUGUUUGCUUUUGCAGAGAAACUGGGGUGGAGGAUGAACAGAGGCGAAGAAAGAUUAACGCAGGAGUUUUGCAGUGAAGUUGGUGUGAGUAGACGUGUGUUCAAGGUUUGGAUGCACAACAACAAGCAGGCUUUUGGGAAGAAAGGAUUGGAUUUGAGUACUGAAAUUAACAAGAAGAAUGAGAUUUGCGUCAAUGGUUAUGCAGAAAACGGCAACAAUCAGCGUGAAGAAAAUGCUUCUCCUCCGAAAUCGGAAGAAUGAAGAUAGCAAUUAAAGAAAUUAAUUUUACAACUGUUAUUUGUUUAAGUAGGGCUAAGUAAUUAAUUAAUGAGAUAAUUAACUUAUUAUAUCUUGUAUUUGUGUAUAAAUUUGACUGGUUUGCGUUUUGGUUAAUAAAAAUAUUAUCCAAAUAUCUAAAGAAAGAUUCUUCAAUCCCCAUACUUGUUUGUCUAAGGGGUUAUCAAAAAUUGAGGGGGGUGUAAGAUAUGUCAUGUGCAAUUCUGACUCC